CACUCACACUCACUUCCUUACCUGAGCCCCCGGGACGUAACGAGUUGUCGGUCGCAUUCUCGAGGAGGCCAGGCUCAGACGACGGGAGACCAGCGACUAUCCUAUAUAUUCUAGCAAAAAAAAAACAAGAAAGCAAAGACAGACGAUGGGCUCCCAGCUAGUGUCGACCGACGCCAAGAACAAAUUGGAGGACCUCUCCGGGAUCACCAUUCCACCGGGCCAGAACCCGUACCAGGCCUUCAUCACGGCAUGCAGAGAUGACCAUGCCGAGAUCCGGGCGCUCUAUUCCGCGCACAGGACCAACAGGAACGAGCAACAAAAAGCAAAGUUCCUGUCCCCCGACUUUAAGGAGCUGGCCAUUGACCCCUUCCUGCUGAGGAUCGAAAACCCGCAGAUCGACCCCGGUUUCACAGACCCGAGACACUGCUUGGUGUUCUGGGCCAGACCACCAGAUCACGUCAUCCGACUUGCGACUCACCUGCAAACCCUGCUCAAGAACGUAGCUCCGAACAUCUGGCUCAUGCCGCAGCACCGCAUGCACAUGACAACCCUGGAGGUAACCCACUCAAAGACCCCCGAAGAAAUCGCUGCCCUGGUGGCCACCAUGCGCUCCGCCAUACCCUACAUCACCAGCUUCACCUACUCCCAUCGCCCCCGCCUGGUGAAGCCCAUGAUCUCCUACGACCUCUCCGCCUUCGCCGUCUCCUUCCUCCCGGCCGACGGCGGGGGCGACGCCUACACGUACCAUCACCUCCGGCGGGACGUGUUCGACCUGGCCCGGUCGACGGGCGUGGCUAUCGAGUCGCGCUACCAGGUCCCGAGCGCCCACAUCACGCUCGGCCGGUUCCUGACGGACGAGGACCACCGGACGCCCGAGCAGCGGGAGGCGUGGGUUCGGGCCAUCGACGACAUCAACCGAUGGUUGGAGGAGGAGGUCUGGGACGAUGAGGGAAGGGGGCAGUUUUGCGGUGAGUGGGUUGUCGGUCAGGAAAAGGGGUUGGAUGCCCGGUGUGGAGCGUUGUGGUACGGGGGUGGCAGGACCAUCAAUCUCGGGCAAGGGUUUUGA